AAAAUGCUUACGAAGUCUGACUAACAAACUGUGAAACAGUUUUCAGCGACACACCAAGCGAAGCAAUGAAUCGCAACGUCUUCUUACUUAAUUUCGUUACCACAUUAUUGGUCAUAAUCGAUUAUUCUAGAGCAAUUGAAACGAUAACGGAGAUUCCAAGUGGAAUACAAAAACUAUUCGACGAAGUACAACUCCCGUGUACUCCGAGAGCUGUGCUAAAUCACCCAUGUUAUUUCUGCAAAUGUAACGUACUCGGAAAUUAUCAACACUGCAUUUACACGUGCAGUCCUUCCAGCGGAAAUCCUCACAUGCCGGGAACGAAAAUGUGCGCAGCUGAGGAUAGCAUACAGCUUGGCUGUAACCGCUGCCGCUGCAGCCGGGGUCAGUUAUUUUUUGAUUGUUACCUAGCCAAAGAGUGCACCAGCACCACCGAAUAUACCGAAGAAAACAGCGAUUUCUAACAUUUUAUCAUACAACGUACAAUAAAAUACUUACCUCGUUGUACCUCAAAUCCAAAGAUACCAGCUUUGGGUACGAGAUGAGCGAUGCCAGUGCUCCCAAGUGUUUGAUUCCAUUGCU